CGACCAAAUUGCAUCAGACGUGACAGCUGUGUCACACGUUUUUUUAGUUGACCUUCAAUUAUUGCGUACCUGCCUAAUUUCUACUUAUUUGUGCUAGACAAAUUAUAAUCGGAAAUCCCGCUGGGGUAAGUUUCCAUGCAUUGCUUUAAUACUAUUGUAAGGUGUUCUUCUUGCUAAAUUUCUGUCUAAAGCAGCUGUUCUUAGUUCACUUUGUUUGCUGGGACACUGUGACCUUUGGACCCGGCAACGUGGCCCAAGCUCUGCUAAUGCUAGCCUUGUCUCUGCGCUUCCAGGAUUUUUUUUUACGUUCUACUUUAAAUCCUUGCUACGCAACGUUUUACCUGGCGGUGAGUGAAAGACCAGACCUGAUCCUGUCUGGAACUACGUGGGUCCUGCUGGAGACCUGGAAGUGCAACCUGGGAAGGAGCUGGGCCGUCGUUGGAGCUACACCACGGUUCAGGCCAGUGUUCCCAGUGUACCUUCUACCUCAAGAUCUAUUCGUGGUUAGGGCAACAGAAGUUGGCUUAAAUAAAGUCUCAAUUUCUACCAAAUUGUGUACUUUAUUUGGACCCCUACCUACCUACCUGUCGGCCAGCCUGACUACCAGGUUCACCAACGGCCGCAAGGUUAUAAAAUGCGCGAAUGAAUCCUGCUGUUCACCACCGAGAAGUGCAUUUAAAUCUGUGCUUGCGGAUACUUUCAUGCCUCCACCUUGCCCAAUACUUCAAACUCCAAGCAAGCUCGUAGUACCCAGUUUAUUAGACAAAGGAACAUCCAAGUUUUCGCCACUUCUUGUGAGGUUGUCCGUUGAUCUGUCACCUCCUCUAGAAGAGUUUAAGCAGAUGCCUUACGAUUUCUUUUGUCCAUCUGUACAAUUCGACCUGAAGAAAAAAGUAUGUCCAACCUGUGGAAUCUACGUGCAUGACAAAACUGUCCCAGACCAUUGUGAAACUAGAGUACAGCCACAGCGCCUUGCUGCCAGAAGGGCGAAUGAGCUUCUCUGCAUUAUGCGUCGUUAUGAAACAUCGUCUGAGGAUGCUGACUGGCUCGACGAAGACGAAGUUGAUGCAAGUGUCUUAACAAUUCCAGCACCGUCUUCGUCUGCGCUUCAGAUGCCAGUGAUGAAAGAAUCUGAGUGGCUAGCAAACCCAUGGACAGAGGAGCAGCAAUUUUAAUCGAAUUGUUUUUAUAGACCUACUUAGAUACUUACUUGAUUAAUAGUUGAUUAUUUUUUAAUUUUGUUAAAAUAUGAUUUUAUUUCGAGUAAAAUGUUUAAUUUCAGUUGGGUUUCCAUUUAUAAUUGCAUUGUCAAAGAUUAAAAUAAAAAUGUUAUUGUAUUUUAAGAGUUUAUUAAAUAGGAGAAUAAAGGAUGAAAACAAUUGUGUAAAGCCAAAAAAUUAUAAAAUAAAAUACGCAGGUGUUGCGGAUAAAAAAUCUCUUGUUUUAUUUAGUACGUAUUAUUACCGUUAAAGUUCCAGUAUUUGAGAAACAGAGGACGUGGAGGAUACCAUACUGGACGAGGACAAGGAAGACGAAGCAGUACAGGACAACAGGACACCGGACAAGAAGACAAUACAAAGCAAGGCAUGACACAAGACAACGAGGAAGAGGAAAUCAUUGGAGAUAUGGACACAGAAGAGGACGAGGAUAUGGCAAUAGAAGAGACAACUGGACCAGGGAACAGAGUGAUGCAAAUUUAGCAGGUUAUGAUCAUAAUGCAUUCAUGAGCAAUGCAUUGCAAGGUAACACGUCUCACGAUAAUAUUAAUAACUAGCUUUUGCCCGCGGCUUUGCUCCCGUCAACUGACUUCUCUACUUUACCCUAUUUUUUUCCCAUAAGAACCUUCUCCUGACAAUAACAAACACAACAACAAAAGAAUUAGCCAAAUUGGUCCAGGCGUUGUUGAGUUAUGCGCUUACCAACACAUUUUGCGAUUCAUUUUUAUAUUAUAGAUUAAGAAUUUUAUAUUGAUUCUGGAUGUACUGAUAGUUUAAAUAAAAUAAAUACAAAAGAUUAUUUUACAGAAUAUAUUGAAUUAAAGGUAAAGUAAAGGGGUAGGCAUUGUGUUAGAUAAGAACUUGAAAGAAAGUGUGAUAGAUGUAAAGAGAGUGAAUGAUAGUUAAGUUAGAGAAAGUUUGAUAAUAAAUGUUAUAAGUGUGUAUGCUCCUCAAGUCGGUUGUGAUGACAGGGUGAAAGAACAAUUUUGGACGGAUUUCGAUGCAGUAAUGAUGAAUGUGCCGACGAAUGAACAGGUAUUUGUGGGAGGAGACUUUAAUGGCCAUGUUGGCAGAAUGAGAGGGAAUUAUGAAAGAGUGCAUGGAGGGUGGGGGUUCGGUUGCCAGAACGACGAGGGUGAAGCCCUGCUACAGGCUGCUACUGCGUUUGACCUAGCAGUGGUAAAUACGUGGUUCCAAAAGAACAUCGAACAUCUGAUCACUUAUAAAAGCGGUCACCACGUAUACACACAAAUAGAUUACUUUUUGGUCAGACGCAGCAGUUUAAAGAACAUCAAAGACUGCAAGGUGAUACCAGGCGAAGCUGUAGUCUCGCAGCACCGACCCCUAGUUAUGGAUGUGAUUUUAACUACCCGGCCAAAAGCCAAAGAGAGACGGCCCCCCGAAAUCAAAUGGCUAUGUUGGGGAAGGCUGAAUUAGCCCAGGAAUUUAGAUAAGUAGUGGUUGAUAAGAUGAUUGAAAUGGGAGAAAUGAAUGAAAAGAAUGUGAAUGAUUGCUGGAGUGGAAUGGCGACGUGUAAAAGGGAAGCGGCAAGAAGCAUU